CUCCCCGGGGCCGACCCACCGGUCGUGGAGCCGGCACCCUUGCGUCGCGGCACGGGACCUCGCCAUCGUUCAUGAGUUCGCCAUGCCCACACCCUGGCUGCCUGGGCUGGCACAUGAGGGCGCCAGCGAGGGUGCCCUGUCCCGAUUAGAAAAGUUCAUGGACAAUGAUGGCGUGCAGAAAUCGCUGAAGGCGAAGUCAGACGCGCUGGCCAUGCCCACGCUGGCCACUCCGGCCGCCUCCCCCGACAGGGCCUCCUCCCCUUUGGUGCAGCAGUACCCCGCGGGGAGAGCGCUGGAGAGCUCUCCCGAGGGCGCCGCAAGCACACAAGGCGAGGUUCAGGAGUCGGAGUCGGAUAUGGAGAUCCAGACCGUCUUCUUAGGUGGAGAAGGCAAGGGUUCCGCGGAGGAGAACAACGCGUCAGGGCAGCUUCCAAAGAGCUCCAUCCAGGAGGACCGACAGCACCUGCAGAACAGGCCUGCUGCGACCAAUGCAGAGGGGGAGCCGGUCUCCAGCUUUGUGCCGGGCGCCUGGGUCUCACAGGCGGGUGGGCCACCGUGGUGCCUUUGCUUCUCAGAACUUGAAGUACAUGAAGGCGUUGAAUGAUCCCUACGUCAAAGCUCUGGCGGCGCAUCGGAGGGAGCUCAACGCCUCACGCAUCGACCUGGAGCGCGAGUACGUGGACACCAUGGCCUCGAAGCUCUUGUGCCAGCGUUCGGGCGCCCUCGCCACGCUGAACUUCCGUGCGGGCGAGAAGCGGCCCGGCGCGGGGUCUUUGCCGGAGGCCAAUGGCAGGCGACCGAGACUCGAGGACAAUUCCAUUUGUGAAAAUGACUCGGUCAAAGAGACGGAGCAUGAAAAGGUGGUCAUGGUUCCCUACUACGCUUCGGCCGGGAAUUUGGCGGAGGACACCAGCCGCAGCGCUUCCAGCACUGGGCGGCCGAGCAUGUCCCCUGCGUCGCAGGAUUUGACGGCCAGAGAGGACCGGGGGUCAGGCUCGGAGUCGCAGUCAAUGGGCUGGCUCAAGACCAUGAGCGUCUUGAAUGCUCUAGGCCGGACGUCUUGUCCGUCAUGGUUGGCGCUGAGGCCUUGACCAGCGCGCGUGCCAAUCAGCCUCCGGAUCCGCAGCGGCAGAUCCCGUUGUCCGAAUUGAUUGAUGGAAUGGAGACUCAGCUCUAGCGAGCUGCAGGCUGGAAGAUGAACCGCUUGGCCAAAAAACAUACAUGAGCUCAAUGAGCACCACCAUAAAUUUUGAAGUG